AUGCUGCAACUGAAGAGUCACAUUAUCGAAGAUAAAGACGGCUCUCGGUAUGGGACACGUGCUAUUCUGGGGCUAGACCUUACCAAGGCAUUUGACAAUAUGCUACAUUCAUCCAUCCUUGCCGCCCUCGCCACGCUCAACGUAGGUGCCCGUACCUACCGCUACAUCCGCAACUUUAUAAUGGACAGGACAGCCACACUCUCGGUCAACGAUUUGCCUGCACUUUCCAUCACUCUCGGUGGGAAAGGGACACCACAGGGGUCGGUCCUCUCUCCAUUCCUUAUCAACCUGGCGAUGCUUCACCUUCCGCCACUUCUAGAAGAUAUCCCCCACCUCCACCACAGCAUAUACGCAGACGAUAUCACCUUGUGGAUUGCCAGGG